CGAGGGGAAACCAUCCAGCCCCAUGGUGACGUCAGUCUCAUCGGAGCUGGAGGGCGAUAGAGCGGCUGGAGCCAGGUGGCAUUAGUGCGCUUUCCCUUCCGACGGCGACGGAGCGGCGCUCCUGCGGCCGUACAGCGCGCAGAGACGCGGAGGCGACAUGGGCAAGCUCCUCGAGUUCGACAUCACUUUAACCAACAACAAAGUGGUCUAUAACCCCGGCGAGUCCAUCACGGGCACCUUGAAAAUCAAAACCGGCCAGCCCCUGCAAUAUAAAGCCAUCAGAGUGAACUGCCAUGGCUGGUGCGGCGUGUCCAGCCGGCUGAAUGAGGCGGCAUGGGCCGUGGAGGAGCAGUACUUCAACAGCACCCUGUCUGUGGCUGAUAAAGGAACCCUGCCUGCAGGAGAUCACAGUUUUACAUUCCAGUUUCUCAUUCCAGGUUCGGCUCCCUCCUCGUAUGAAGGACCGUACGGGAGAAUCGCCUACAGGCUGCGUGCUUUCAUAGACACACCCCGUUUCUCCAAGGACUACAAGACAGAGAAGCCCUUCUACCUGCUAAACCCCCUCAACCUCAACGAAGUGCCCGACAUCGAGAAACCCAACUCGUCUGGAACCUCAAAGAAGUUCACCUACCUGCUGGUGAAGACCGGGACAAUUGUGCUCAAAGCCAGGAGUGACCAGCGGGGCUACAUACCUGGACAGGUCAUCAAACUCUCUGCUGAGAUCCACAACAAAUCAGGCAAAGACACGGGCUGUGUUGUGGCCAGCCUAGUACAGAAGGUGACAUUCAAGACCAAGCGACCAAUCAGUGACCUCCGUACGAUUGCAGAGGUGGAGGGGGCGGGUGUGAAGGCGGGGAAACGCGCUGAGUGGAAGGAACAGAUCAUCGUCCCGCCCCUGCCCCAGUCUGACCUCAGCGGCUGCAGCCUCAUCGACAUCCAGUACUUCCUGCAGGUGUCUCUGAGGUCUCCGGAGGUGUUGGUCAUCCUCCCUGUCCACAUCGGAGACGUGGCAGUGGACAGCAGCUCCAGGACACCGUCCCGGCCGGCUCCCCCAAUGCCAGCGCCCCGUCCCGCCCCUCGCUCCACCCCCUGCCCCACCCCUCGCCCCUCCCUCAUCGCCAGCCCCAGAGCUGUGACCCCCAGCGCCCCCCCAGCUGAGGGAGAGGAGGGAAUGGGGGCAGGGGGUGUGGCCAGUGAGGUCAUUCCCACAAAGAGCCACUCCCAGCAGGCCCGGCAGGCCGUCACCUCGCCCCGUGGGCCCUUCCCGAACCGACACAGCUUGGAUGCCUCAGGACCCUCCGAGCCUCAGUUCUGUGUGUCCACAGGGGCCACCAUCCCUUUCUUCUGUGAGGGGAACGCCAUCCCUGUCCCGACCGUCUGCCCGCUCGUCCUGCCCCCAGAGUACAGCAGCUACCCACACGAACCGCCUCCCAGCUAUGAGGAGAGUUGCAGCAGCAGCAGGUAGAAUUCCAGGCAGAGAAGGAGAUGCCUGUUCCCUCCACAUCAGCACUCCUACAGGACCUCUCCCAGCCCCCUGCUGGACAACAGGGGCACUGCAGUCGGGCUUUGAGCAGAGCACUCUCCUUUCAAUAACUGUAUUUGAAUGCAGACGUGGAAGAGAGAAAAGGGCAAAAAAUGGCUUAUUUAUGUUGUGUGUUGCUGUUUGUCCCUCUCCUGUCCCUCAGUGAUGUUGCUGGCUAGCGAUGAGCUGCAGAAAGGAUUUAGUGAGAAAGAUUCUUCCCUCACAGAGGCCCUGCACUUUGUUUGUACCUGUAGAACAGAGCAGAGCCAGCCUUUUACUCUGAGUGGAUUUUUAUAGCUGAACGUUAGCAUCUGUGAUGCCGGACUCAAAUACUACUGAAUCUCCAGCAUUGUUUUUAUAACCAAGUGUGGCCUUAGCAUCAGACCCAGCCAGGGCCAGCACAGCUGCCUGCACUGCCUGCCUGCAGGGGGCGCUGUGGAGCUGCCAGGAAAGAGGCUGACCUCUGCACAGAGCAGUCUGGUGAACAGUGAAAUCCCACCUGAAGGCAAGGGCUCUUCCCCACCCACUGACAGGGCUAGCCGCAGCCACACAGUGCUGACGCCUCAGUGAUAACCCCUCUGUGUGGCAGCUGCUUCGGCUGCUCGUUUUACAGCUCAUCUCUCUGUUCAUGGCUGCAGUGAAUGUUUUUAAAAAUGGGAAAGUGGAAUUUUAUUGACAGACCUGCUGGAAAGGUGAAUAUGUGUGUGUUUCCUGUGGCAACAACCAUAUUCAAAUCCAUUGGGAAAUACAUUUUAUAAAACUGAUACCAUCUGUAAUGAUACCCCUCCCUCUAGCACCCCAUGGUGGCUAAAAAAAGACAAAAUAAUUGCUCUGACACUCCUGGCCACAUACACACACAUGCGCACACACGCACA